AGGGGGUUUUGAAAUCUAGGGUUUUAUUGUCUUCGUCUUCUUCUUCUUCUUCGACUCACACACCAUGACUGCUCAGACCCAAGAAGAGCUCUUGGCAGCUCAUCUCGAAGAACAAAAGAUUAAUCCUGAUGAGCCUGUGGUUGAGGAUGAAGAUGAUGAAGAUGAUGAUGAUGAUGAUGAUGAUGAUGACAAGGAUGAGGAUGACGCUGAAGGACAAGAUGAUGGAAGUGGUAGGUCAAAGCAGAGCAGAAGUGAAAAGAAGUCUCGCAAGGCAAUGUUGAAACUUGGAAUGAAGACAAUUCCAGGUGUCAGUCGUGUUACCAUAAAAAAAAGCAAGAAUAUUCUCUUUGUCAUCUCGAAGCCAGAUGUGUUCAAGAGCCCAACUUCAGACACAUAUGUAAUAUUUGGCGAGGCAAAGAUUGAGGAUUUGAGUUCACAACUGCAGACUCAGGCUGCAGAGCAGUUCAAGGCUCCCAAUGUGCAUCCUGCGGCUGCACAGCCAGAGACAGCUGCUGUGGUUCAGGAUGAUGAAGAGGUUGAUGAGACUGGUGUGGAGCCCAAGGACAUAGACUUGGUGAUGACACAGGCUGGUGUUUCAAGAUCUAAGGCUGUCAAGGCUCUCAAGGCUACUGAUGGGGACAUAGUUUCUGCAAUCAUGGAACUAACAAACUGAGACUCAAUUUCGUAUGGUUUGGUCUUGUUCAGAUGAGCAGCAAACAUUUUCUCUUCUAUGUUUUUCCUUGGGAGGAUUUUAGGUUGAAGUUUUGGUCCUUUUGGAUGUUAAAUUCAUCUUUAUUUUUCCUUCUGGUUUCUUUCAAACACUGUUUACAUUUGCGCUUUUUUAGGAUAAUUAUUGAAGUAGGCCAAGGCUGUUCCAGCAGCUUAAACGGGUGCAGAAUACUAAUUUAAGGAAAUGAUUGGAGUGGCUCGACCACAAA